AUGGAGUUUGUGCGGGCGCUGUGGCUCCGCCUGGCGCUAGCGCUGGGGCCGGGGCCCGCCGGGGGCCACCCGCACCGGUGCGGCGUCCUGGCGCGCCUGGGGGGCUCGGUGCGCCUGGGCGCCCUCCUGCCCCGCGCGCCCGCCGCCCGCGCCCGCGCCCGCGCCCGCGCCCGCGCCGCCCUGGCCCGGGCCGCCCUGGCGCCGCGGCUGCCGCACAACCUGCGUCUGGAGCUGGUGGCCGCCGCGCCCCCCGCCCGCGACCCCGCCUCGCUGGCCCGCGGCCUGUGCCAGGCGCUGGCGGCACCGGGCGUGGCGGCCGUGCUAGCCUUCCCCGAGGCGCGGCCCGCGCUGCUGCAGCUGCACUUCCUGGAGGCGGCCACGGAGACCCCCGUGCUCAGCGUGCUGCGGCGGGAGGCCCGCGCUCCCCUCAGCUCCCCGAACCCCUUCCACCUGCAGCUGGACUGGGCCAGCCCCCUGGAGACUCUGCUGGACGUGCUGGUGUCCGUGCUGCAGGCGCACAGCUGGGAGGACGUUGGCCUGGUGCUCUGCCGCGUGCGGGACCCUGGUGGCCUUGUGGCCCUGUGGACAAGCUGGGUGGGCCGGGCUCCGAAGCUCCUGCUGGAACUGAGCCGGCCAGACCCGAGUGAUACAGGGCUGCGGGCCCACCUGGCCCCACUGGGGGUGCCCGCGGGGGGAACGGCCCCAGUCCCCGUGGCCGCACUCCUGGGUUGCAACGAGGCCGGCGCCCGGCAGGUGCUGCAGGCCGCACCCCCCGGGCCCCGCUGGCUGCUGGGCACGCCGCUGCCCGCCGAGGCAAUCCCCACCAAGGGCCUGCCGCCUGGGCUGCUGGCGUUGGGCGAGGUCGCUCGGCCCCCGCUGGAAGCCGCCAUCCACGACGCGGUGGAACGAGUGGCCCGCGCGCUGGGCAGCGCGGCCCGCGUGCAGCCGGAGCGUGCCCUCCUCCCCGCCACGGUCAACUGCAAUGACCUGCCACUGCCCGGGCCCGAGUCCUCCGGCCGCCUCUUGGCACGGUUCCUGGCCAACACGUCCUUCUGGGGCCACACAGGGCCGGUGUGGGUGACCGGCUCCUCGCAGGUGCACAUCUCCCGGCGCUUCCGCGUGUGGAGCCUCCGCUGGGACCCGCGGGGCGCCCCGGCCUGGGCAACGCUGGGCCGGUGGCAGGACGGACGGCUGGUGUCGGGGGGGGGGGGGGGCGCGGCCGGGCGGCUCCCACCCCCGCCGGGCGCCCGGGCGCGGCCCAAGCUGCGCGUGGUGACGCUGGUGGAGCACCCGUUUGUGUUCGCCCGCGAGCCGGACGAGGACGGUCGGUGCCCGGCGGGGCAGCUGUGCCUGGCCCCCGGCACCAACAACUCGGCCGCCCUGGACGCGCUCUUCGCCGCGCUGGCCGACGGCUCGGCGCCCCGCGCACUGCGCAGGUGCUGCUACGGCUACUGCAUCGACCUGCUGGAGCGCCUGGCGGAGGACGCGCCCUUCGACUUCGAGCUGUAUAUCGUGGGCGAAGGCAAGUACGGCGAGCUGCGCGACGGCCGCUGGACUGGCCUGGUGGGCGACCUGCUGGCCGGCGGGGCGCACAUGGCCGUCACCAGCUUCAGCAUCAACUCAGCCCGCUCGCAGGUGGUGGACUUCACCAGCCCCUUCUUCUCCACCAGCCUGGGCAUCAUGGUGCGCGCAUGGGACACGGCGUCGCCCAUCGGCGCCUUCACGUGGCCGCUGCACUGGUCCAUGUGGCCGCUGCACUGGUCCAUGUGGCUGGGCGUCUUCACCGCGCUGCACCUGACUGCGCUCUUCCUCACCCUCUACGAGUGGCGCAGCCCCUUCGGCCUCACGCCCCGCGGCCACAACCUGGGCACCGUGUUCUCCUACUCCUCCGCCCUCAACCUCUGCUACGCCAUCCUCUUUGGACGCACAGUGUCCAGUAAGACGCCCAAGUGCCCCACGGGCCGCCUCCUCAUGAACUUGUGGGCCAUCUUCUGCCUGCUCGUGCUGUCCAGCUACACGGCCAACCUGGCCGCCGUCAUGGUCGGGGACAAGACUUUUGAGGAGCUGUCGGGGAUCCACGACCCUAAGCUGCACCACCCGUCCCAGGGCUUCCGCUUCGGCACCGUGUGGGAAAGCAGCGCCGAGGCCUACAUCAAGAAGAGCUUCCCGGAGAUGUACGCACACGUGCGGCGCCACAGUGCACCCACCACGCCCCACGGCGUCGCCAUGCUGACAAGCGACCCCCCCAAGCUCAACGCCUUCAUCAUAGACAAGUCGCUCCUGGACUACGAGGUGUCCAUCGACGCCGACUGCAGACUGCUGACCGUGGGCAAGCCUUUCGCCAUCGAGGGCUAUGGCAUCGGACUCCCCCGGAGUUCGCCGCUCACCUCCAACCUGUCCGAGUUCAUCAGCCGCUACAAGUCCUCCGGCUUCAUCGACCUGCUGCACAAGUGGUACGAGAUGGUGCCUUGUGGCAAGCGGGUCUUCGCCGUUUCAGAGACCCUCCAGAUGGGCAUCUACCACUUCUCUGGACUCUUCGUGCUGCUCUGCCUGGGCCUGGGCAGUGCUCUGCUCAGCUCGCUGGGCGAGCACGUCUUCUACCGCCUGGCGCUGCCGCGCAUCCGAAGCGGUAACAAGAUGCAGUACUGGCUGCACACGAGCCAGAGAAUCCAUCGCGCCCUCAACACGGAGCCGCCCGAGGGGCAGGAGGAGCCGGAGCCGAGGGGUCCCAAGGAGCCGCAGCAGGACACUCUGGCCGCCCCCGCGGGCCCCGGGGGGCUGGACACAGGUGCGCCGGGCCUCGGUGAGGGGGCGUCGCGCGCACUUCCUGCUGGAGCCGGCCGUGGCCACCGCCGCCGCUCCCGUUGAGGAUGCCCCAG